AUGCUGCUCCUUCGAGACAAUGGCAUCUCCCCAAUCCUUCAGGGGCUCACAGUCGAUGACUGUCGACGGCUCCUUCAUUCCCUAUGGAACGCACUCGCGGUUUAUUCCAGGGAAAAUUCAAACCCAGCGCCAACUAAAUUACUGCAUCAGCCCAUUCGUGAAACGAUAGUUACAAGCCUACACCACACGACACUCUUUAUGCCUGCGUCAGACACCAGAACUACAACUGGUAUCAAAAUUGUCACCCUCCCUGGAGGUGGCGGCACCGCAAAGGGGGCAAUCAAUAUUUUCUCCCCAGAGGGCGAACUACAGGGCCUACUCAAUGCACAGCAGAUUACCGCCUUCCGGACAGCGUUGGCGUCUAUGAUCGCCCUCUUGCACCACAGACUCCCGGAACAAGCGAAUAUUGUAGUUUUCGGUGCUGGUAAGCAGGCCGAGUGGCAUAUCCGAUUGUCACUACUAUUAGUAGCAGCAAAGAUCACGACCGUUACUAUUGUGAACCGGCGCGUGGAGACUUUGGUGAAGUUUGACACAACACUCCUAGCAGAGCUCCGAAGUCAGUUUCCUCAGAUUACAUUUAGCUCCAUUUCCAACGAGGAACCGGAUUUCGACCCCAAAUUACGGAAUAUCCUUGAAGCAGCCGAUGCUAUCUUUUGCUGCACUCCGUCUUCUCAGCCGCUAUUCCCCGAUUCAUAUCUACAUCAUGGUGACCAAAGUGAGCGUAAGACCCGAUUUAUUUCCCUGGUUGGAUCAUACAAGCCACACAUGGAGGAGAUCGACUCUGCAACGCUGUUAUCGGGGAGCAAUAUCCUGGUGGACUCGAAAGAGGCAUGCCUGGAAGAGGCUGGGGAGUUGAUCAAGGCGAAUGUACAGAAGGACGAGCUGGUGGAGGUGGGCGAAUUGCCAUUCCCAUUCGAAGGAGCCGAGGGGAGAGAGGCGCCGCUUUUGGAGGGAAACACGAUAUUUAAGUGUGUUGGGAUGGGGAUUAUGGACAUUGCUAUCGGCAGGGAAUUGCUGAACGUCGCGAGAGGGAAAGGAAUUGGCAUUCAGAUUGAGUCGUUUUAA